AAAGUCGAGACCCUUUUCGUCGGCUUCUCUGCUGCCGGUUCCUUUCCCCCCUCCUUCCUACUCCAUCGCUUCGGAACUCUACUCAUCCGUCGAUCACGGGAGAAGAAGUGUUGGUUCCUAUCUGGAAUCCGGGGGUAUGAGUAAUGAAUAUGAUUACCUCUUCAAGCUUCUCUUGAUCGGAGACUCCUCCGUCGGGAAGUCCUGCCUCCUCCUCAGAUUCGCGGAUGAUUCGUACGUUGAUAGCUACAUCAGCACCAUUGGUGUUGAUUUCAAAAUUCGUACGGUGGAGCUGGAUGGAAAAACAGUCAAGCUGCAAAUUUGGGACACAGCAGGACAGGAGCGGUUCAGGACCAUAACAAGCAGUUACUAUUGUGGAGCGCAUGGCAUCAUUAUUGUUUAUGACAUUACAGAGAUGGAAAGUUUCGACAAUAUCAGGCAGUGGCUAAGUGAGAUUGACAGAUAUGCUAACGAUAGUGUGUGCAAGCUUCUUGUUGGAAACAAAUGUGAUUUAGUUGAGAACAGAGUUGUGGAAAUGGAAAAGGCAAAGGCAUUUGCAGAUUCACUUUGUAUUCCUUUUAUUGAGACAAGUGCAAAGGAUUCAAUCAAUGUGGAGAAGGCUUUCUUAACCAUGUGUGCUGAAAUAAAGAAAAGCAGAAUGGGAAACCAACACAGUGCACAGAGAGCACCAUCUACCACUGUCCAGAUGAAAGGCCAACCUAUUCAGCAGAAGAGCAGCUGUUGCAGUUAAUCCUGUUAUACCUGUGCAUCUUGUUUGGAAGAAAUGUGACAUCAGUUUGGACAAUCAAGCAACUAAAUCAGCAUACAUCAAUAUUAAAUGUUGGAAGAUCCUAAAUGA